AUGGCUGAUUUCGGACUGCCGCCCAAUUCAGUCCAUCUGCCUUUCACGUCCCUUUUGCUUCUCAGCUUUACAAUUAUGCCGCAUAUAUCGGCCGAUUCUGACAAUUUCCCCACUUCUCUUACACAGAAAAUUAUCCUCCCAGGCGUUGGCCACUUCGGUCACUGCCUAACUUCCCUUUCAACAGCAGGCUACCUCCCGGCUAUCCAAUCCCACAUAUCGAGCGGGAAACCUUUCUUCGGCAUCUGUGUAGGUCUUCAAGCACUUUUCACCGGUUCAGAAGAGGCACCCAGUGUCACUGGUUUGAACAUCAUUCCUACAUCACUCAAGCGCUUCUCAGCCGAGAAUGCGGACGCGUCGAAGAAGUCUGUGCCGUGUAUAGGUUGGAACGACGCUUCUACGCUUCAUCACGAUUCAGACCAAAGCCACGCCUCCGCUCUAGAGGAAGGAAAGAGUUUUUACGGCCUCAAUCAAGGAAGUAAGUAUUACUACGUGCAUAGCUACUUUGCCCCGUAUGUUCACGGCGAGCUGGAGGCCGAAGGAUGGGUUGUCGCCACCGCAACCUACGGUGACGAAACGUACGUGGGAGCAAUUGGGAAGGGCAACGUGUUUGCGACGCAAUUCCACCCUGAGAAAUCCGGUGCGGCUGGGCUCAGGGUCAUCAAGGCGUUCCUCGAAGGCACAAUCUGGUCGGAUCCGGUGUUUCCAUCCGUCCCUGGAACUAGCUCAACAACAGCCAACGGAUUCUUCUCAUCCUUGGCAGGGAGGACGGCAGAUGGAGGAACAAACGGUCUGACCAGGCGCAUAAUCGCCUGCCUGGACGUCCGCACCAACGAUCAAGGUGACCUCGUCGUGACAAAGGGUGACCAGUACGACGUGCGCGAGAAGUCAUCUCUCACUUCAGCCACGGGGCCGGGACAAGUCCGCAACCUAGGCAAGCCGGUCGACAUGGCCCGUCGCUACUACGAGCAAGGAGCCGAUGAAAUCACGUUUCUCAACAUCACGAGUUUUCGCGACUGCCCCAUCACAGAUAUUCCCAUGCUGGAAAUCCUGCGGCGGACAAGCGAGACGGUGUUUGUGCCCCUGACGAUAGGGGGUGGUAUUCGCGACAUGACCGAUCCCGUUACGGGCAAGAACGUGUCGGCGCUCGACGUUGCGAAACUGUACUUUGCGUCUGGCGCCGACAAAGUGUCUAUCGGAUCCGACGCCGUCCUUGCCGCAGAAGAAUACCAUUCCUCCGGCGGCAACCUCUCGGGGACGACUUCGAUUGAGACCAUCUCAGCAGCAUACGGCGCUCAAGCCGUCGUGGUGAGCGUCGACCCGAAACGCAUCUACGUCUCCUCUCCCUCCGAUACAGCCCACCAUACGAUCCGGACUGCGUUCCCUGAUCCCCAGGGGAGAGAAUACGUCUGGUAUGCGUGCACGAUCAAGGGCGGUCGCGAGACGCGAGACUUAGACGUCGUCCAGCUCUGUACUGCGGUGCAGGCCCUCGGGGCCGGCGAGAUCCUGCUUAAUGCCAUCGACCGCGAUGGCAGCAACAGGGGCUACGACCUGGAGCUGAUCAACAUGGUCAAGGCCGCGGUGGGCGUGCCGGUGAUUGCGUCCUCGGGUGCUGGCGUGCCGGGCCAUUUCGAGGAAGUGUUUAGGAGGACCGGGGUUGAUGCGGCUCUCGGAGCUGGCAUGGUCAAGGAACAUCUCGGCCAGGCUGGCCUGUUGGUCCGGCCGUUUGAGGAGUUUUGA